CAAAGGAUACUUCGACAGUGAUGCAGUCCAGAAGCUAAAAGGAACACGCUCGGGAAAAGAAUUGAAAGAAAGAAAAACCACCUAGGGUCAGUACUAAUGUACAUUGUUCAGUCUUUGUUUCUAUUUAACACGUUUUGCCGACAAUUUUGUUUUCCACCGCAUUGUUCGUAAAGUUCUGAUUAAUUAUGUUAAGCUGAAAUAGCAGUCAAUAUACAAGGUGACGAAGUAAUUAACAGUCUGAUUUAGUAAAAAUAUUUCUUUUGUUCCUCCGGCACGCGUCCAUUUAACAAUUGUCGAGACACGUACGCUCGUGGUCUGAGCAAAAAGAUUAUAUUUUUUCUCCUCGUUGGAUUUUCAAGCAGUACUAUAACAGGGGCUUUUCAAACUUUGAAAAGUUUCUAUUCUUAGAUUACCGAUAAUCUGCCGAUGCCUUAGAACGUUGCAUGUAUAAAUUAUUCUCUCUUAUGAAACUUUGCAAAACUUUUCAUGUAAUUAAAAUUUAGGUGUUACUUUGUUAUAUAAUUCUUCUUAUUUAGUUUGUUGGACAUUGUCCACCUUACUUUAACUUUAAUUAAUUAGAAAAUUGCACUGUCCGGAGCGCAGUUUGUCUGGUUUGAUCUUACCUCUAGACACUUCAUUUGUAUCAGAUGAUUUAUCAUCAUGAACUGAAAUAGUUUUUUUUUAUUCAAAACCUACAACUGGUGAAUCGAUUUAAAGCGUCUAAACAGUUUUUGUUUAUGGAAAAUUAGCACUGCUUUUAAUAUCGAUUCAUGCCUGUCUGUCUAUUUUAAAAGCAAAACAUUCGCGAUUCUUGACAUAGAUGGAUAUCAGUUUCUAAAAACAAGGCUUUAAUUAUCGUUUCGGAAACUCGGCUAUUUUCCUAGCUGUAUCUUUGGCGAAACUGAAAAUUGUUUAAGUUUCGCAGUGAUUGUCUUGAAUUUAUGCUGCUUUCUUAAUAAUAUUCCCUCAGAAUCUUAAUACAGGAAAUCCUGAAAAAAACUGAACAAAUACUUGUCCAUUCUUGCUAAAGGCGAUUCAGAUUAGUUGCUGACUUUUUAAUCUUCUUUCGAAGACCGUAGGAUUAAUUCUCGCGGCAUUUAUCUAUUUUUUGCCGCUUCGAAUUAUGUAGCCGCUUUAAAGAGCUUAACUGUUUCCUCCGGGUCAAACAAAUACUCUCAAAUUAGCCAAUUUUAAACAUUAAAACAGUUUGGCAAUAAAAUUAUAGUUACAACUGCUGCAAUAAAAACCACCUGAUUUUCAAAUACAGUCGGACGAGGUAGAUUUCGAAAUAAACGUAACCUUUGGGUUUUACACUUGCAGUCACACUUUUGUCGACGGGGAGCGUGUCACUCGCGCGAGGUAAGUCAUGUAAAUUACAAAAAAUAUACGCGGGGUUUACGAUUAUUUUAGUUUUGUAUCUAACUUGAGUGUUAUAGAGCAAGGAUAAUGAUUGGCUAAGAGCACUGAACAGCGACAGCUGAACCAAAAAUAGCAGAUUAUCUUAAUGAUAAUAGAGGGAAAAAAAAUUCGGCCCUUGAUCUUUCCACAUUUGUUUUCAUUUUUUGGUUAAUGGACGGAAAAUAAGACAAAAGAACUUCGAGUGUCUUAAAAUGAAUUUAUCGAGACUGGCAAACUACCAAGAACCUUUUUCGUUUGUUUUCCUGUAGAUACCAUGCAUUAAGAUGGUAAAUAAAAAUCCGAUUCUGGUCGCCUGUGAAAGGGUUUUAAGAGGAAAGGAUGGAGACGAAUAAUUACUAUACCUUGCUCUAUAAAGCAGCUGCCUUGCUUCGUCGCACCAAGUAACAGCUGCUACUAUUAUAGACUUCGCGCUAUCAACGAUUAUUUAUUUACACAAACAGGAUGACAUGGAUCGUGUAGCGCUGAUAUAGUUACCCCCAGACCCAGACACUCAUAUUACUGCACAACAUGGAAUUGGUCCUUUUUGAAAGUGAAUAUCACGCUUCAAAUUCGUGCCUUAAAUGGCAAAAUCAUCAAAACAAUACUUCCUCAAGGUCUUUGUUUUUUUUUCUUUUCUAUUGUACUUUGCAUAUGUGUUGUCUUUGCUCCAAAAACACCUUGUUUUAGGAGCGAACGGUUUGCUUCUUUCACAGUGCGAUUCUUAGUCUUAGUGAUCAACUUGAUUGCUAACUGCGCAGUUUCCCUGGUAACAACGUUAAAUUUCCUUAAUUGUUUUUACUACAAAGUCAGUUGAGCGUUGGAUGUGAAACGGUAUCAAGCCCUCGCAACACGCAUCAGCGAAUUAGUGGCCACCGUUUCAUUCUGGUCCGCGUCCGUGCCUUCAGCGACGAUUUCGUUAACACAAAGCUAGCGUGAAAAAAUCCAAGGAAACGAGGUAAUAUCUAUAAUGUUCAGCUUUCGAUUUUGAUAGCUAGAAACUUCAAAAACAUUAUUCUGCUGUGCAUUUAGUCUUUGUCAUGAAAUAUGUAAAUUGGCUCUCUUCUGAGUCUCCCGCGUGCUAACUGCCCUCGGCGACCACGCCUACUCCGUCAAGAGAAAUCAGCGUCAUAUCCUUGACGAAAUAAUAGCUUUGCAAAUUAAUUUCUUUAAAACGAGUCGGUUCAAAGGAAAGUGUAAAUUACGAACCGAUCUCGUCAUCUUUUGUCAACUCCGAGUUUUAAUUUUGUUUUCGUUUUUCUGUUAGCCGGUCUCGUUCUGUUUGGCUGGGUUAGAGGCGAUUCUUGUUAUACGGUUCACAGCCUAUAACAGGUUUUUAAUUCAAAGUCACUGGCCAUCUCAGUUGAACCAUGAAUGCUUUUAAACGCUUCGGAAGACGAUAUUCACACUCGAGUUGGUCUCUUAAUUUGCCAGUUCCGUUCUCCGGGGUGUAAAGGAAUACGAGAUCGGAAGUCACACGGCGUUGGUAGAGCGAAAAAGUCACAUCUCUAUUUUUAUUUACCUUUUUUUACGAAGUGAGAGCCAGUAUUAUUGAAUUUAAACAGUCGCAAAGGCAUAUAUAGUUUGGACAAGUUAUUUCUUCACAGUUUCUAGUCAUCCUUGGUGAUCCAUGCAUCUUGUUUGCAAUAUUGAUGCUUCAAUAAUUUCUGAUCUGUCUAUAACCGGUCCAUAUCUCGCCGCUCCCAUGUCACGUUCGCUAAUGACGCAACCACAAUUUUGGUCACUGUGCUGUUUUUCUGGUUUUUCGUUAACUUCGAACUUCCCAAGCUUUCUUUCAUGGCGAGCCAAGUAGUGCAUAGCUCAUAUUUUUCUCAGUUUUCCUUCAGAUUGCUGAGCGAUAGUUUUGUUUACGUUGAUCCCCCAUGUUGUAUUUAAAACAUGUUAUUACGGAGUGGAUAUGAAUAUGGAAAACUGUUUCAAAUAGCUGUUUGAUUGACCGUCGAUUUGGUCAUUACUUCAUACGUUCAUGACUUAAUCUUGAGCGAGAGCGAUCGACCCACCUCUCAAAAUAUUACGGUUUCUACCCUUGGCGAUAAUAUUUUAUUGAAAGCAUCUUGAAAUAUUGUCCACCCAGCAAUAAAUCAUGUACUGUCACACAAGAGAGACAAAUUAAACUAGACGAGUCGUUUUUUGUGUUUAAUAUGAAAACACGAAUUUUUCUCAUGAAAAAAGUAUAAACAGUUUUCAAUGAAAUCUAAUUAAAGAAGUGCCAAGAAUUUUUUGGCGUUCAGGCUGCCAUUAAAACUAAAGUUAAAUAUUUCCGUGCUAGCAAAAAAAAUAUGUUAAAAAUAUUCUCGUGAAAAAUUGUUUUAAAAGGCUAUUAUCACUUUUUAAAAAUAUCGCUGACAAAGAGUGCAUAAGCGACGUGGGAGUCGUAUUGUUUCGACAUGUCUUUUGUUUAAUGACGAAUUUUUGAUUGUUCUCUCAAAUGAUGUUUUUCAGCAUAAAAGAAAUAUUGGAUUCAUGGUGUAAACGAGUCUCGCUUUCGCGAGUGUUUCGUCUAACACUGAAUAUAAAUUAGACUUAUUUUUCAUGGGCUUUUAAACUGAGUUGUGCGACGUGCUAAUUUCACAAUGGCCAAGUAAACCAUCACGAGAUUAAAGAUAGCAGAGGCUAAGCACACAACUCAUUAGAUCAUCAACCUUCAAUUGUUCAGUCGAAUUCCGCGCCAUAUUGUCAUUGGUGAAAACAGGAAUUAUCAAACAGAGGCGGAAACACACUUUCCAGGGGUAGGUUUACAACAAGAAACUGUGCGACGCAUAAGAAUGAUUAAAUUAAAUCAAAUAGCUUAAAUUAUUCUCAAAAAAUAUUUUUAUUGAGUGAUUAUUAUUAGAGUAUUUCUGUUUAAGUCAGUUUAAUGAAAAAUCUAAAUGUUAAACGGAAGAACAAAUUGUCCUGUCCAUGUACCCCUAAAGUUUUUACUUUUGUCCUUGUCCAGUCCCCACGCGGUUGUCACUGGCUUUAGCGCGUGUUGCAGAACAAGAAAACAGAAUAUAAUUCCGUUUCGCUGCAGGAAACUAGUGUUGGGCUUUCAAGUCAAGCGCCCUCGUAGCACGGAAAAUGGAGGUUCUUUCUCCUCAAAAUCAAUCUUCAGAUGGUAAGUUUUAUCUCUGUUUGUUAGGGUACCGUAAUUAGUUUGUGGAGUCUCUGUGGGUUAAUUUAAAUAGCGGUCGCGCGACAAGCGUGAAACCUUCGAGCUUUCAUUAUGCUAUGACACAACUUCAUUCCCAAGCGCAUUUUUGACACGACUGAAUCCGCGUCUUUUGUUGUUUAUUUUAAUUUCGCAUUUGUCAUUGAUGAUUUUUAAAUCUUCUUGCUUAAAUGAGCGGCAAGUUUUGCCACAAAAAUUAUACGGUACUUCACUUGAACGCCACGGCUGCGAAACCGGAGAGGCGAGAGUGGUUUUCUCGAACGUAAAUAAUUCAUUCUAAACUUUACCGAGCUGUUUAGGUUACAUUAUCGAUAGAAUUCUUGUUUAAGUGACUAUUCUUAUGACUUAUUCUUUUAUUUCUACGGUGUCAAGAAUUCAUGUACUUCGUGUAGGGGUAAUCGAGAAAUCGACCCUCUUCUCACACACGGGAAAUUUUAUGUGCGUGGAAUGUCUCGACCUAUUUCCCGCUGCCCUCACAAAACUUGCACUUAUAAUAAUCCAAUAUAGUGACAGCGGAUGGUUUGUUUUAAGAGGGGCUAGUAAACAAAGCCAUUUAGCAAAAAUAUCCAAAAUUACUUUCCUUAGACAUUGUUUAAAACCACCGAACAAAACAAUACGAAAGUGAAUUACGCGAGGCGAAAUUUCAUUUUGGUCCAUGCUCGUUUUAAUCCUCUUCAGUGUUUGCUCGUGGCUUUUCAGCUUAAGUUAUUUGAGAAUAAACAGGAUGAGGAGGAGUUUGCAUGGCAGUGGCCUCAGGAAAUUUAUAAUUUCUCUGUUUUCCUAUCGGAGUGUUUGUUUUCGUUAGCGUAGAAGUUUUUCUUCAGUUUUAAAUGCGUGAUGAUAGAUGUUAAUUUGCUAUUCGUUGGCUGAGGACGGAACCUGCACUUUAGAAUCUCGGUGGGUGUUCCAUUAAGCUUCGCUCGGAUUUGAAACAGUUUCUAUCGCUCGCUCUCUAAAUUCGACUUUUUCUGUCUUCGAACGAGCGAUUGACAAGAUCGUUUAGCAUCUCGUGUGCAAUAACCUUUCGUGUUGGUUCAAGUCCCAAGGGAUCAGCGUCUCUAUUUUUUUUGACAAAGGUCACCAUAUUGCCUAAUAACUUCCAGAAAUGUGUCCUUAUUGUUUGGUUCGAACAAGACUUACUGAUCUUGAAUUAUGCAAAGCCGUUCUUUUGUCUUGCUAAAUUUGUUUACUGUGUUUAAGAAGGCUCAAGUAAUAGUUUGUACUCGACUCAAAUACCGUGGACUAUGUAAGGAAUGUCAAAUCUACUAACACAAAGAUCUGUGAACCUUUCGCCAUAAACAAAAUGCUAAUGCAAAGAAUGUAAUGUACCGACUGUUAUCAAAACAAGAUCUUAUCAGUUAAGCUUAUAUGAUUCCAUAAAUCGUUUCUCAUAUAAAAUCUGCUUAAAAUUUUAGUGGAAAAAGCCUACAUAGUUAACUUGUUUUUAGCCAUAGGGGUAAAUAUCCACCUGUAACCUCAAAAUUAACCAAUGUAUAUUAACUUAAUUCUGCCUAUCGUUUCUGCAAAAUUUCAUUAUACUUUGUUUUGAAUAUCUCGAAUUAGAUAUUAUAAAAAGACAGAGGAUAAAAUAAUAUAUUUUUCUUUUUUUAUGCACUGGAAAUAUUCUUAUCUACUUUUCUUAGCAUGCAGUAGGCUGUAAUUUUAGCUAGCCCUCCCUUACCCCCUAUGAUAGAAAAAAAAGACAUUAAUUCAGGCUGAUUGUUUGACCACGAGAAAUGUUUUAAUUUCUUACUUAAAAUGACGGUUCCUUUUAGUUCCACGCUCAAUGUCAUUUGCUUUUCAUGAAUCGCCUCAUAAAAGUAAGUUGUGAUUUUGUAUUUCAAUUAUUUUUAUGGCCGGCCUCUCACCAUCCUGUAAUAAAUUCAAUAUGCAUACAGAGACAGAAAAGAAAAACAAAAUGAUGAAAACGUGAGUGAAAAAUAGAAACUGAUUUCAUUGAGCUAUCGGGCUGUCAGUGUUCACGUUGUUAUAACCACAACCAGGUAGCUUUCACAGUUGUAUCCCAUCACUUCAUUUUCAGCCCUAUUGAUUCCAAUAGGAAUAAGCAAUGUCCUAGUCCUGCGAGACAAUAGCUCUAUAUUAAGGAAUUCAUAUACAUCUUUAAUGAUCUGUAUACAGCAAUGGUCUCGUUGCCCACCGUGAGAGAAAACCCUACAGCAAUUUAUUAACAUAUUUCCAUGCAUGGAAAAUUCUUUUAUCUUAAAAUUACUUUUUUUUAAGUUCGGAAUACCGUGGGAAAAUACAACAUUAUUUUCUGUAUAUGAUAAUUAUUUCAUGGCCACUAUUGUCGUCAAGGUCACUGUUAUACCUUGGCAGACAUGUAUAAGUUCAUGCUCCUACCCUGAGGUGAAUUUUUUAUUUUGAUGGUGGGUUGAUGUUUAUUCAGAUGGAUUUAAUUUUUGAAUCCUUUAUUUUCAAGAACUUUUUACCUAAAUUGCAGCUGCUGUCAAUUACUUCCUGUUUACCUUCAUCUGAGGCUACUUACUUAUUUUUAAGCCAAAGGCAAAAAACAUCAAGAUCUCUCCUCAUAAAUAACUUGUAUGCAUUUUUUAUGAUGUGUGAAAUAUUAUAAUGGUUUGCUAACACCAAGGGAGACAAUACUUUCCAGCAUUUUUAUUAAAAUUUCUUUUAACACCUAGAGUUACUUGAAUUACCAGUCAUUUAUUAUGAGGGAAAAGCAAGUUUUUCUAGCAAUAGAAGCCUAAAUUUGGCAGAGUUGUCUACUUGCUUGUUGGCUAGUUAGUGUGUUGUUAAUGAUAUGGAGGUGUUUUGGGUUGUGGGGAACCUGUUCGCAGUGUUUUUUCUUUGCUAUGCAACUGUUUCCAAUGGAGCCCGUCAUGUGAAUGCUACCAGUCAUUGUCAAGGCCACUGUUAAGUCUUUGAGUGAAUGCAGCAGUUUCAAAAGAUGAAAAGAACGCUGUUUAUGCUCCCAAAGAGAGUGGUUUAUCCAUUCCAGAAUUUAAUCCAAUUAGCACUGGCAAAUCAUAAUGCUGGAAUGAAAAAUGUUUUCUUCUGUGUGACUUAUUUAUAGCGGUUGAUGUGGGAAAGUUGAGUGAAUACAUGUACACUGCACUUUUUUAGUGUUGAAUAAUUGGUAAUUGAACUUAUGAAAAUUAAAUAAAAUGGAGCUCAUGGAAUAUUAUAUAUUUUUAAAGAUUCUGCUUUUGGAAAAUGCUUGGAUUGUCUUGUUGGUUCUAGGAUUUGAUAUUUUUACCCUGAAGACUAAUGGAAAAAGUCGAAACUAGUUUUAUUCAACAUUAAUUUAUUAUGAGGCAAAGAUUUGGAAUAUCUGGAAUACAAUUCUCGUUCUGAAAAAUAAUGAAAUAACAAUAUGUAAAUUAGUAUUGUUAUUGGUUUCAGACUGGCAUUCUUCUUCCUUGGAUGAGUCCUGGGAUUCACGUCUGCCGACACCUUUAGCUUUAGACUUUUCUGCAGAGGAGGAAGAUUUUGCCCCAUACACAAAUGGAGGAAGUGAAGAUUUGUACAUAAACAAUGGCUACACAGGUUGGUUUCUAACACCAUUUGUCUACAAUGCAUAUAAGAUCAUUGUACGUUUCUGGGAAACUACCCACCUACCCCUCCCCUAAGCCAACAAUAACACUUACUUCUCACUUAGGGCAAAAUAUUGGCUUAGGGGAGGGGUAGGUGGGCAGACUCCCUGAAACGUAUAAUCAUCCAAAUCGGAUCCCCAAUGAUACCGUACUACUGGUAAGUUUAUUAUUAACCCUUUCUCUGCCAAAUGUGUGCACUGCACCCCCCUACAGACUGUACGUGUAUCUGAAUGCUCAGAAUGGCUUCUCUACCCUGUUAUCUGUUUUUACUGUUUUGGCAUGGAUAAUUAAAAACAUGAAGUAAAUAUGCCAUGUGUUUUUCUUUGUCCUUCCACUCUCUACAAUCUGUUAUCAAAGUUUCUUUUCCACUUCCACUGCACUGCUCUCCUUUAACUGAAUACUUGGAACACCUUAGCUAUUUUGCCAUCAGCUUUUUUAAUAACUUAAACAGUAAUAAAUUAAUAAUUUAUAAACACAAAAAUAACAUUUUGUAAAUUUACUUUUCUGUGCAUUCUUCAUGGCUUGUAAAAAAGAAAACGUAAACCAAGGCAAAAGCAAAAUUUUACACUUUCACUUCUCAGUUGAACACACAGUUUAAGUGUCUUCAAGGUUGUAAUCAUGGAGCACCUGUUGUACUAUGUUUUGUAGAUUCUCCCGUCAGUCCAGCGUCUCCAGCAAGUAAUCAU